AUGCAGCUCCCAAGCCCCUCCUUUGCAGGCUGGAGCCGUGAGGGCUUCCUGAGGUCAGGGGUCAAGCCCCCCCACCCCACCCCCCUGUCUAGAGAGGAGAUCGAUUUCGGGAACGCGCCGGCGGGCCAACAUACGUGCUCCGUGUUUGGGCCCUUUGCUCACUCAGCUGUCCUUCUCUCCUCCCCCCCCCACCCCCCAAAAUCCAGGCACCCUUUCUCUGGGCGGGAAGUGCCAAUUUCUAACGGGUCAGGCUUCGUGGUGUCGGCAGAUGGGCUGAUUGUGACCAACGCCCACGUCGUGGCCAACCGGAGGCGGGUGAGGGUGCGGCUGGCCAGCGGGGAGCUCUACGACGCGGUGGUGCGGCAUGUGGACCAGGUGGCCGACAUUGCCACCAUCAAGAUCAGCCCGAAGCACCCCCUGCCGACACUGCCCUUGGGCCGCUCCUCGGAGGUGCGCCAGGGGGAGUUUGUGGUGGCCAUGGGCAGCCCCUUCGCUCUGCAGAACACCAUCACCUCGGGCAUCGUCAGCUCAGCCCAGCGGGGCGGCCGGGAGCUGGGCCUGGCCUCUUCCAACAUGGAGUACAUCCAGACAGAUGCGGCCAUUGAUUUUGGGAACUCCGGGGGGCCCCUCGUCAACCUGGAUGGUGAAGUGAUCGGAGUCAAUACCAUGAAGGUGACGGCCGGGAUCUCCUUUGCCAUUCCCUCUGACCGGCUGCGGGCCUUCUUGGAGCAAGGGGAGAAGCGCAAGGAUUCUUGGUUUGGCAGCACGGAAGGAAAGAGGCGCUACAUUGGGGUGAUGAUGCUGACCCUAACCCCCAGCAUCCUUUCUGAGCUGAAGAUAAGGGACCCGGCCUUUCCCGAUGUGACCCACGGGGUCCUUAUCCACAAAGUGAUCAUUGGCUCCCCGGCCCACCAGGCCGGACUCAAGGCGGGCGAUGUAGUGGUGGAGAUCAAUGGCCAGGCGGCCAAGCGGGCAGAGGAUGUCUACGAAGCGGUGCGCAGCCAGGCCCACCUCACCCUGCUGGUGCGCCGUAGUUACGAGGCAUUGCUGCUGACCAUCACCCCUGAGGUCACCGAGUAACCGCUGCGUCUACUGAAGCUGCAGCCGCCUCCCCCUGCGCCUGGAAACAGACCCGGUGCCUUGGGAGCAGAGCAGGUGGCCGCCCGCCUUUUCUCUUGCUGGAAAGGGGAGGCAGGUGCCUGUCUCAGUAACCACCUGCAUCAGAGGAAGGGCCUGUUUCUCAUCUUUAAAAUGGUUGCCUGAGGCCCUCUGCUCUCUCCUGUUUCCCUCGCUGGCUGGAUUUGUAUCUUCUAAGACAGAGUAGCAUGGAAGAUGCACACCUAAGACUGGCACAAGUGUGUCUUUUUUCUUUGGCGCCCAACUGCUCCAGACCUGACGGAGUCACAGGACACUGUGUUCCCAGCCUCCCCUCCCCAGCACCACAUGGCCUGGACCUCCCUGACAAAGACUGGUGCAGAAACCAAGGUGCAGCUGUGUCCCCUCUCGAGCCCUGGGUGGGUAGGGGUAACCCAAGACGACAACAAUAGCAGCAAGUGCCUACGUUUGCCAGGGAUUUGGAGGGGGGGAAUAUCCGGCCCAUCCAGAGAGCGCAGAGCCAGGAAGGGCUGUGGCUGCUUCUGCCACGAAUCCAGUGGUCCCAAGACGGCCAUGCCUUCACAGCACGCCCAGGAAAGGUGGCAGAAGACCUGGGCUUUUCUCUCUCUUUCCUCAGUGGCUGCUAAAAUAAAUCCAGACUCCAGA